AUGUCGACAUCGAAUCCGUCGCUCAACUCGACUCGUUCGUCGGAUCCUCAUCCCAACACGACCGCAUCGUCCUCCGGGAGGAGCUCGAAGCGCCAGGAGCAGUCUACAGGACAAGAAUCCGAUCCAGCCUCGAGCGAAGCCAGCCCGUCGACGGCCCCUCCCAGCCCAGCUCCCGAGUCGGGGUCGCUCUCGCCCACGCCCAGCUCGUCGCAAGCAGCUUCUUCCACCCUGGCGCCUCCGUCACGCUCGACAGAGCGCACCAGGGGACCGCCGAGCUCUACGACGACCGCCAUGAGCGCGAGCUCGAGUGACGCGACAACGUCCCGGAGCACCGCUCCAGGUGGGGGAGCAACAUCUCCAAUUGACAGUUCUUCGACCGCCAUGUCGUCCACAACGACGCCAGCGAGCACGGCGACAACAAACGCUUCUUCAUCUUCUUCGCCCGCUUCCUCGCCUUCUCCCCCGUCCAGCGCCUCCCCGACAAGCACACCGUCGCCUAGUAGUAGUACGACCACUCCCAGCGCGUCCCCAAGCUCCACACAGUCGUCUUCCUCCCUCUCGUCCUCGUCAUCCCUCGUCGCAGCUCCUUCCUCAACGAGCACGACAAGCUCCCGGACGAUCACCUCCUCGUCUCGCACCACGACGACACGCGUCCCCUCGUCAGUCGUCCCGUCUUCUGCCUCCUCAACCUCCUCCGCCGUCUCCAGCCCGUCGACCACGGUCGCACUCUCUUCGUCUUCCCCUUUCAGCUCGAGCUCGCUCGUCGAAUCGAGCUCGACCACACUCACGACAGCGUCUUCCGUGGGCGACCCCUCGAGUGUAUCCAUAACCUCGCCACCCGUCUCGACCCAUGUCGCCACGUCCGAGUACACCCUCACCUCGUCCGGCUCCGUCAUCGUCGUGACGUCCAUCGUCACAGCUCUCGUGACUGGCGCCGACCCUGCCGCGCCCGGAUCGACCGGCGCCCGCACUCUGAACGGCGCGAACGGCGGCAGCAGCUCGUUCUUCAACAACACCGGCGCAGUCGCAGGCGUCUUUGUCGUUGUUGGCUUGCUUGCAGCCGGGAUCGUGAUCGGUCUCGGGUUCUUCUUCGUUCGCCGGACGAAGCGGCGCCAGCUCGACGAGGACAUCCGCGUGGCGGCAGGCGGGGCGGGCGACGGUGGGGCGGGUAUCAACCGCUUUGACGACGACGAAGAGUCAAUCGACGGCUAUGCAGGCCAGAGCGACAGCCACCAGUCGGGCUACAUGUCGUCUCUCGGCGCCGUCCCGCUCACGGCCGCCGCCGCAGGCUUCGGCACCCGCCGCUCGAGUGGCUACGACCUCCCGACGACGAGCAGCAUCGCUGGACUUGCGACGACGACCGACCGCACCUCGUCCUUCGAGCCGGGCAACUCGCCUGCGCAAAGCCAAUCGACGCAAUUCCAACCUUACGGCGCCGGCGCGGCAGGUUAUGCCGCGCAGAACAACGAGGGAAUCUUUGCGGAUGACUGGGCGGAGUAUGUCAAUGCGGGAGGCGUGGCGGGGCUUGCGACGUCAGGCGAGGGGAGUGCCGGUGGACCGAGCAGCCAGGAGGGCAUGAUGGGCUCGGGCUUCUCGCACUCAGCCGACGGACACUCCCAGCAACCCGGAAACCGCUUCUCAGGCGCCUCCUUCUACUCCGCGGGCCAUGCCAACCCUGACGGCACGCAAGACAUGACCGCGUUGCGCAACUCGCUCUACGGCAUGUCGAGCGAAGGACCGUACGCCGGCAUCGCGCCCGACAGGCGAGACGACCGCCUCGACCCGAAUGCGAUCAGGGCUGUUGAUAACGGCAGCGCGACGAGUCUUGCGGACGACCAGGACUUUUCGCGCAGGGUCUUGCGCGUCGCAAACCCUUCCGACGACUGA